AUGUCCCCUUUCCUUUUCAUCCUUGCGGCAGAGGGGCUAGCCGGGUUAAUUCAUAAUGUUGUAUCUAGUCAUUGUUUUCUCCCAUUUUCAAUAAAUGAUGACCUUCAUAUUAGCUUGCUUCGAUUCGCGGACGACACGAUGAUUUUUGGUACACCGUCUUGGGAGAACAUUGGGACUUUGAAGGCAUUGCUUCGAGGUUUCGAACUUUGCUCAGGCUUAUCUGUCAACUUCAGUAAGAGUAAGAUCCUUGGUUUCAAUAUGGAGAUGGAUUUCCUUCAGGCGGCUUCAGACUUUCUGUUUUGUGCUAUUAAUCCCUUUCCUUUCCACUUUCUAGGAAUUUCGAUUGGCUGUAAUCCUAGGAGGAAAUCUGCUUGGUCGUUGAUUACCUCCAAACUAAGAAACAGGUUGGCCUUGUGGAAAGGUAAAUACUUGUCACUUGGAGGUAGAGUCAAUUCGUUGAACUCUGUAUUAAAUGCGAUUUCUUUGUUCACAUUCUCCUUCUACAAAGCACCGAAGAUGGUUAUACAGGAGAUUAUUUCUAUUCAAAGAGCGUUUUUGUGGAACGGACACGAGACUCGAAAAAGGAUUAAUUAG